CUUAAGAAAGCACAGGAAAGAUCACUAUACGAGACAAGAUUCACAGGGAAAGAUGGGUUCAAAUGGUCAUAUACUGCUGAUCGCAGGCUGUCUGCUGAACACAGUUGCUCCAGCUCUCUUAGUGAACAGAGGCGGAGAGUGCACAUUCAACACCAAAGGCACCUGUGAAUAUGAAGGACAGGUCUUUGGCAUUGGCGAGAGUUGGAUUACUAAAGACUGCUACCAGUGUGUGUGUAUGGAGCCCUUCGGCGUGGGCUGCUGCGAUCACAGCUCCCUACCAGUGGACUAUCCCGAGUGGUGUGAGGUCAUCAGAAAGCCCGACUCCUGCACCAGUGUGGCUGUGAUGAGAGCCAAUCACAAACUCCCUUGUCUUUAUGGGAAGUGGGGCAGGACGCGACCCGAAACAUGGAAUGUGUCCAAUAUUCUUUUGUUAAGUCGGUGGCAGCAGCAGAAGCUCUGUCUCGGUUUCCUGUGCUCUGUCAAGCAGCGGAUCUGAAAUCUGAUCGCAAUGAGUCGCUGUCUGUGGAGCGUCCGCAGG